GAGGUUCAGACUUCCUCUGGCAGCGCUGGAUUUCUUCUCUCAGAAGCAAGAUAUCAGCUCUCCACUCUAUAAACAUCUAUUCUCCACUCCAUUCCACACCAUGGACCCAGAUUUGUCAGUUUGAGACAUGCUGCAGGCUGUGGGCGGAGACCUGCAGGGUCAUUAUUUACAGACUGUAGUUCUGUUCAGUGUCCACAGUCCACUCUGCUGUCUCCUUAUCUCCUGUUUACUCGCUGUGUGAGGAGGCGCUCUCUCUCGCUGACUAAGUUGUUCCAGGUUUCUGUGUGAGCAGUGUUAAUCAUGGCGGGAUAUCAGGGUAUAUACAUGCAGCGCUUUCAGAACUACCUGCAGCGUUCAGGAGAACACAAGGUCAUUCAGAAACUCAUAGAUACGGUUCUACGCCCACAAAUCACCAAGAUGGCAGAGGGGAAGACUGGCUUCGGCGUUCUCGGUGUUGGAAGUGGUGGAGGGGAGAUGGAUGUGUAUCUGAUCUCGAUCCUGCAGUCGGUUCUUCAGUCCGUCCCAAUCAGUGUGGAGGUUGUGGAGCCCAGCACUGACCUCACCCAGAACUUCAAAGAUCUGGUAUCGAAAACUUCCAGCCUUCGGGACGUUUCCUUCAACUGGAACACGGUCACGUGUGCUGACUACGAGACGCAGAUCAAAACCAAACAGGACGUCAAGUUUGACCUCAUUCACAUGAUUCAGAUGCUGUACUACGUCGACGAUCCAAAAGCAACACUGAAGUUUUUCCACAGCCUCCUGAAGGAGAACGGCAAGCUGCUGAUCAUUCAUGAAGCAGCGAGCAGUGGCUGGGAAAUCCUGUGGAAGACGUUUAAGAAGGAUCUGUGCACCAACACCCUCUCAGACUACCUCUCCGCCGGGGACAUCAGGGUCCAGCUGGAUGCUCUGGGGCUUCGCUACGAGGAGCUGGUCGUGAAGAACACGCUGGACAUCACCGACUGCUUCACAGAGGGAAACAAGGAUGGACAGAUGCUGCUGGACUUCAUGACGGACAGGGAGGACUUCCACGCUUCCUUCUCGGCCGAGGUGCGCAGCAGCAUGCUGGAGCUGCUGAAAAACGAGUGCAGCACCACCACAGACGGACGAGUGCUCUUCAACUGCAGCCUGAGUGCCCUGCUGGUCCACGCAUAAGCCACGCCCGCUGAAUUUACAGAGAGAAAGAGAUGCAAGCAAACCAUCAGACGCAUGAAGCAGCAUUUACAUCAUUAAAAAUCUAAACUGUUUUGAUAUUGAGUUAUAUUUUCAUCUUUCUCAUUGGCUCCUGGCAUUACCUAUUUGCAUUACUGGGUGCCCCACCUCCCACCAUACUCACCAUCUAUGUAUAGUCAAUCCCCUGUCUACCUUCACUUAGCCAGGGAAACACACUGCUUUUGAGUGUGUUCAGACGGCACGGUGGCUUAGUGGUUAGCACAUUCGCCUCCCAGCACUGGGGUCUUGGGUUCAAGUCCCUAUCUGGGUGGAGUUUCCAUGUUCUCCCUGUGUCUGCGUGGGUUUCCUCCCACAGUCCAAAAACAUGGAGAUUAGGUAAAUUAGAGACUCUAAAUUGCCCAGAAAAAUGUUAUACUCUAAAUUGAUCUGUUAAAAUUGCAUACUCCAGAAAAUUGAAUACUCUAAUACUCUGGUGUGUAUGUGUAAAGUGUGUGGUAUGUUUGUAAGUUGUGUGUGUGUAAGUGUGGGUGUAAAUGUGUGUAUGAUUGUGCCCAGAAAUGGAUUGGCACUCUGUCCUGGGUAAAUGCUGUAGUGCCCAAUGCAGUCCUCCAGGUGAACGGUCGUUUCCGGUUGAGCGUACGCUGUGCGCUAUUGGCUGGCGCUUCUCACCGGUGUGUGGAUGAGUGUUAAUGUGUAAUGUGCUUGUAUGUAAAACUUGGUAAUUGUAAAGCGUCCUUGGGUUUCUAGAAUGGCGCUAUAUAAGUUAAGUUGAACAUCAUUCACCUAUUUGUUGACCUUUAAAAACAGUAUAAUGCAUAUUGUAUAAAGCUUCCUAUUCUAGCCUGUAUGUAAUGUAAUAAUACAGAAUUAUGUCAUUAAUGCCUUUUAAUUGGUGGAUUUAAGACUUAUGAAUAAACCGUCUUUUAAACUCUGAA